GUUGUAAACAUGGAGGAGAGAGAAGCGUUGAAGAGGCAAAUUGAACUUCUUCAGAAUCUCAUCAAUAAACACAAGAGUGUCCAUGGUGAUGCACCGUUUGAAAGAGCUGAGCAGAGGCAUCUAGAACCUCCAACAUCAGCCAGAGGCAGAGGUCAUAGUGCAUCUGUCAUCCAUCCUCACAGCUCCAGAGGGAGACUUUAUGCUCCUCAGACCCGUGGAAGUUGGAGGAAAGCGUACUCUCUGAGAAACAAGAACCCUCAGUCUUCUUUUGGACAUCACUCAGCUUCAGCCUUCUCUGUGGAUCAGUCUAGUUCCCAGCCUAUAUCUCGCAGCAUCUCACUGCCCAGUCACAGCAGAGGAGAGGAGAGCCAUAGAACCAAAACUUCCGCUUUAUCGUCAAGGAUUGUUCAACAGAAGAAAGAGGAACAUGUAAGCAGCAUCACAGGGAUUAUAGAAGAUGCAACAAAGAAAACACCCACAGACGCCCUGUGCAAAAGUGUGCAGUGUAAAGAUGGAAAAGGAAGUUCAAGCUCAACAGGUACUAGCUUGCAACAUGAAACGGGACACAGACAGACUCAAGAAUUUCAGCGGAAGACUGAAAGCAGGCGUGUUGUCCUUCCAGGGAAGAUGGUCAGUGGUUCUUCAGAAGUGCCAUCUUCACUCAAGACCAAUACCUUGACCAAGCAGAGAAGCUCCGAAGUACAGAUCAAACCUCCCCUGACCAGCAAAACCGAGUCUAAACUGACUCCAGCAAUUCCUACGACUGGCAAUACUGCUCAGUUUAAGAUAGCAAAACAACCUUCCCUUGACCUCACAUCUCAGACCAGACUGGCCCAGGUCAGUACAUCUUUUAUGAAAAAAUCCAAGUUCACUUGGGUGAAGAGCCAGAACGUGGGAGGAGUGGAGUCCAGACAAGCUGGAGUUGCCAGUGGAAGCUCCCCCUCGCUCACAAUCAGUAAGAGAACCCCUGCCAAGAAGUUACCCCGAAAGCUUAGCCCAGUCACCGUCGCCCCGAAGACCUCCAAGUACAAAUGGGUCUCCUCUUCUGCUGGAGUCCAAGCCAAGGUGUCUCGCUGGGGGACAGACUACGUCUGGAGCAGCGACAGCAGGGGCAGCAGUGGCUCGUCGUAG